UGUAAAAUAUCAAUAGCCUACAUCUAGCAGUUUAAUUAACAUUACGUGACUGGUCCUACACAGUCAGUUGUCCGGUUUUCAGCCUUUACUGCUUCCCAUGGACGAGUGGCCAUCCCUUUAAACAGAACUUGAUGAUUCCAUCAUUAGAGCGCAGGAGAGAGAAAGAGAGAGAGACAGCCGAACGAGUAGUACUGUGCCUGCUGCGGAGCUACACACCCAACCGCGACAGUAGGGAGUCUGAGAACACGAGGAGGAUUAAGAAAUUACAGUUUUACUACAUGUCCUAAAGGAAAGGUAGUCGUUUAACGGAUGAAAUAUUCCGACUGGAGCUUGUGGUGUAUUCUGUGAAGACACGGGGCAUUUGUAAAUUACUCUUCGUAGCCUUCAUGAGGUUGCCUGCGCAGCGUUUGGUGUGCUACUCUGUGUUUGAUAAAUAUUCCUAAUAGAGGUGAUUUUUACUGUCCCCGAUACACAAAAGAACUGGACAUAUCAAAGAGAGUCAUUGGAAUCAGAAAGCAUGGAAUAGACUGUCAGUGAAAGAGCGGACAAGAAAUCAGCCCUUUUUUCUCUUGGAAAUCGUUCGUAAGUUCUGCUUCCGUCCAACUGUUCCUACUGUGGACUCUGAAAGCAGCCCGAGAUGUCUGUUCCGAAUGUUCUAGCCAAGGCCCUCUACGACAAUGUGGCGGAGUCUCCAGACGAGCUGUCCUUCCGUAAGGGGGACAUAAUGACGGUGCUGGAGCGCGACACGCAAGGCCUGGAUGGAUGGUGGCUCUGCUCGCUGCAUGGGCGCCAGGGCAUCGUCCCCGGCAACCGCCUCAAGAUCCUGGUGGGCAUGUAUGACAAGCAGCAGCAGCCAGUGCAGGGCGGGCAGCAGCAGCCGGCCAUGCCCACGUCACAAGCCGGCCCAGGGGGGCUCAACCAGCUGGGCUUACCCGCCCAGGCCUACGCCAAACCCCCGCCGGGCUCCCAGUACACGGCCAUGCACCCCGCCUACUCCUCCUCCCAGGCCGCCCCCACCAACACAGACAGCAUCUACAUGCUCCCACCCAACCACGGCAAGCCGGCACUCUCCAGCGUCUACCAGGUGCCCCUGGGCCCCCAGGCCCCCCCCAAGGCCCCCAUGCUGGCCCAGAAACAAGGCGCCCACCCGCAGUACUCGGGCAAGGACAUCUACCAGGUGCCCCCGUCCAUGGGCGGGCUGGGGCAGCAGGAUAUCUACCAGGUGCCCCUGUCGGCCGUGGGUCAGGGCAUGGGGCAGGACAUUUACCAGGUGCCCCCAUCGGCCGGGGGGCCAGGCAAAGGGCAGGACAUUUAUCAGGUGCCCCCUUCCAUGAACUCGACUCAGGACAUCUACCAGAUCCCCCCCUCGGUGGAGAAGAGGAACUGGGACCCCUCCAAGCCCCUGGGGAAGGUGGUUGUGCCCACCCGUGUUGGCCAGGUGUACGUGUACGACACGGUGAAGGGUGAACAGGAUGAGUACGAUGUCCCCCCGCGCCACAUGCCCCCAGGAUCCCAGGAUAUCUACGACGUGCCGCCCACUCGUGCCCAGUACCAUCAGCAGCAGCAGGUCUAUGAUACUCCCCCCAUGGCAGUGAAGGGCCCCCCCAGUAAAGAAGGUGGUCAGGACAUCUACGACACACCGCCCAGUGUGGACAAGCAGACAGUGUAUGACUUCCCGCCCUCGGUCAGUAAGGACGUGCCUGACGGUCCCGUGAGGGACGAGACGUACGACGUGCCCCCACACUUUGCCAAAAUGAAGGCCCUCGAUGGCCAGAGCCAUGGCUACUUGCCCACGGGCCCUGAGCCCCCCAUCCCUGAGGACGUGUACGACGUCCCCCCGCCCUCCAUGACGAGCAAGCGCCCCCCUAGGGACGGCCAGGAGAUCUACGACAUCCCCGCCAGCCUGCGCAAGGGCGGGCCACCCAGCGAGCCGCUCCCGCCCGUCCCACAGGCGCAGGACGUCUACGACUUCCCCCGGGAGCGGACCGAGGACCAGGGCGACUACGUAUACGACGUACCCCCGCAGGUGGUGCGCGAUGCCGCCGGUGGAACCGGCGAGGACCAGCUGGCGCUCAACAAGCGGCUAUCGGCAUCCAGCACGGGCAGCACACGCAGCAACCAUUCCUCGUCCUCGCUGGACACCGUGCCCGUCCGGGACGCCCCGGCGUCCGGUGCCGGCGUCCGCCUGCUGGCCCUGGACCUGGACCAGGCGAUGGAGCGGCUACAGCGGCUGCAGCAGGGUGUGGAGAGUGCCGUGUCGGUGCUCAUCGCCUACAUCAGCGGGAACUGGCGGAGCCCGGCGCAGAUGGAGGCCAACCUGCCUGGCCUGCACCAAGCAACUGACCGCACGCGCGCCGCCGUCCGUGACUUUCUGGAGUUUGCCCGUGGCGCCGUGGCCAAUGCCGCCCAGGCCACUGAUCGCUCGCUGCAGGCCAAGCUGGGCCGGCAGGUGCAGAAGAUGGAGGAGGCCUUCCAGGCGCUGGUCAAGCACAGCCAGGCCCUGGACGCCAUCGGCUGGUCGCCCGCUAAGCUGGCGGCCGGGGCAGCGCUCACGCCCAGUGGCGGCCAGGGCGACGACCUGGACCGGCUGGUCAUGUGCGCACGCGGCGUGCCCGACGACACCAAGCAGCUGGCGUCCUUCCUGCACGGCAACGCCUCCCUGCUCUUCAAACGGACAAACAAGCUGCAGCAGCAGCAGCUGCCCCUGCCGCCACUGCCCCACUGCGCCGACAACAACAACAUCUCGGCUUAUCAGACGGGCACGCCCGAGCGCGCCAACAUCCAGUCACGGCCACUGCCCUCCCCGCCCAAGUUCACGGCCGAGGAGGAGUCACCCGACCGGCCUUACGAAACCACUGAGGAGGGCUGGAUGGAAGACUAUGACUACGUGCAUUUACAGGGUAAAGAGGAGUUUGAAAAGAAUCAGCGGCAAUUAUUAGAGAAAGGGAAUAUUACGAGACACAACAAAACUCAGCUGGAACAGCAACAGCUGAAGCAGUUUGAGCGGCUGGAGCAUGAGGUGACUCAGCCAAUCAACCACGACCUCACAGGCUGGACCCCCGCCGCGCCCCACCCAUCCGCCCCGCGCAGCAAGCUGAGCGCCGGCGACCACCAGCUGCUGCUCUUCUACGCCGAGCAGUGCGAGGCCAACAUCACCACACUCACCAACGCCGUGGAUGCCUUUUUCAGCUCGGUGGGCAGCAACCAGCCGCCCAAGAUCUUUGUGGCGCACAGCAAGUUCGUCAUCCUCAGCGCGCACAAGCUGGUGUUCAUCGGCGACACGCUCUCGCGGCAGGCCAAGUCGCCGGAGGUGCGCGCGCGGGUGGCGCAGCACAGCAACGCGCUCUGCGACAAGCUCAAGGACAUCGUGCUGAGCACCAAGACGGCAGCCCUGCAGUACCCGUCGCCGGGUGCUGCCCGCGAGAUGACCGAACGGGUGCGCGAGCUCACCGGCUACACCCAGCAGUUCCGCAUGGCGCUCAACCAGCUGGUGGCCAUGUGAAGCAUCACUUGGGGAGGACGGGCGCUCUCAAGGCUGGUGGAGAACUCCUGGACUUCUUGGGUGAAGGGAGUGGACAGAGAAACAAUACAGGCCCCGUAGGUCUCAACUCUUUCCCAAGCCCAUUGAGAGCCCACCAUGCCCGCACUCAACUGCGUUUGUAAUUCUUUUUUUAAAUCCCGUAAGAAAGGACAGCGGACUGUCUGACUGACCCAGGGGCCAGUGGUUGUAAAUUAAUUAUUGUAAAUAUUUAAGUAUACGCUCGGGAUAUGGGGGGGUGUUAAGAGGGAGAGACUGAACUCAUACUCUAGUUGUUUUUCAACAUCUUUGGAGUGAGGGAGGACAUAAAGGAAACUAAAAGUAGUUUCUAAACAUGGUCCAUUAUGAUUAUUGCUAUACUGUAAUGACUGAUUAUUAUAAUUGCUAUCAUUAUUAUUAUUACGACAUGUUGAUUAAGGAUGUUCAAAAUUUCAAAUGUGUAUGUAGUAGUACUUAACGCUGUUUUUCAUCAGAUCAAUCAUCGAUGUGUUUUUUAAUGAAUAAUGUUUUGAUUGGAAUGAUGAAACAGUGACUGAAAAUGGAAAACGCUUCUUCCCUUCUGUCAACAGUGAAUGCAGGGUGGGUCGGGUGCUAAGCAUGCUGGGAGUUACCCCAGGAGUGAUAUCAUUGACAGGCUCUUAACACAGUCUUCAGACUGGCCACUGUCAAGGGACAUCUUAAAUGUUAAGUGCUCUGAAAGCAAAUUAAAAUGUCCCCAUUGACUUGACACAUUUCAGUAGCAUCAACCCCAUUCCCUUCCCUUUGGGGAAACCAGCGUGGAUGGCAGUGCUUCAUACAUAAUUAUGGAAAAAAUAACAGCUGGUUUGAGAUUUUUUUUAUUAAGAAUUACUAAAUGCACUCAAAGAGAAAAGGUUUGCAUUUGCGUGAACUGAAAUUCCUUUUUUUUAAAAAAAAAAAAGCACAAAGCUUUGUAGGUUCACUGAGAGCACAUCAGCUCCUGGUUCUCUCCUCCAUGACUUGACCACAGCAGUGAUCCACAGCUUUAGGCCAGUGUAUGAACAUGUGUACACUGCAGUAUCUCCCUGAGUUCCACUUUAAGGGUCAGUUUUUGGGGUUAGAUAGGAGGGUGAAGGGGCAGAAAGGGGGCGUUGUCUGGUGAUGCGCCAGGCCUUCUCACAACCCUCCACAUCCCUGCUGGGCAGCACUUCGGUUAUAGCAGACCCACACCCUGCAGGUCAGGGGACGGCACUGGGAUCAUAGGGAUGGGAUUGCUGGGGGGAAGCGGAGAACACCCUCUGUGCUGGCUUGUGCUAGCUCUCUGCAAUUAUGGUCCCUGACAGAUAAGGUUUCAGUGCGAGAUUUGUCCAAAUAUGUGUUUGUGUGUGUGCGUGUGUGUAUGUGCCCGCACGCUAAGGGCUGAGCUACAUCAGGCGCGUGUAACAGAAGCGUUCCGUUCACAUUGCGUCUGCUGCAACAAUUAGCUUCCAUUAUAAUCAGUGGAAGUAGCUACACCAGACGUGACAGUGGGACGUACGUUCGAAAAAAAAUAGACCAUUCAUCUAAAAUGGAUUUUACGCGUCGCGAACGAAACGCUUCAGUUACGCGCCUGGUGUAGCUCAUACCUAAGGCCCCUCUCAACCUCUCAAAGGCCGCACCAAACCCCGCCCCGAGCCAUCAUCUAAAUCAUUUAUAUUAAUCUGUAUGUGAAAAAACAGCACCUUGAAAAGAUUUCCUCAGUGGCCCAGCUGUUCACAUGACUCAGCUCUUCUCUGCUCUGUGACACUACAGCAGCUGUGCCCUCCCAUGGCGACUCAGCAGCUCCAGAGAAGCGUUGCGUGACAGUGUCUGGACUGGUCGGCAUGGAGAUGAUCCCUGAUACACUACGUCUUCUGUGUCCACCCUGUUGGUUGUAUUCUAAAUAUCAGAAUAUGUCAGAGAGAGUAGUUCAGUGAAACUUUAUUAUGCUAUUAAGUACUGCAACAUGUUGUUGUGCAUUUAGUCGAAAUCCCUAUCCAGUUUUAAAAAAAGAAAGAAAGAAAAGUAAAUUGAAUCAAAAAAGGUAUUUGUUGUAAUGUUCUGUUCUCAAAUCUGUGUUGAAAGGAUUUGAAAGAUAUUGAGGUAUCUGUUUAAGAACAUACUGUACAUUACGUAACUGGAAAAUAUAUGUUUAAUAUAUUUUCAUUAAAAAAAUAAACUGCAAACCAA